AUGCUCCUCUCGGCCCUCCUUCUCUUCACUUCCACGUCAGAAGCCCAGCUUUCGAGCAACUUCUACGACUCAACCUGCCCCACCGCCCUCACCACCAUCCGCGCCGGCAUCGAGGCCGCCGUCCAAACCGAGCAGCGGAUGGCCGCCUCCUUGAUCCGGCUCCACUUCCACGACUGCUUCGUCCAGGGCUGCGAUGCCUCCAUCCUCCUCGACGACACUUCCUCCAUCACCAGCGAAAAAACCGCCCGCCCCAACGCCAACUCCGUCCGCGGCUACGAAGUCAUCGACGACGUCAAGUCCCAGCUCGAAUCCCAAUGCCCCGGCAUCGUCUCGUGCGCUGACAUCGUUGCUGUUGCGGCCCGCGACGCGUCCGAAGCAGUAAAUGGUCCCACGUGGACGGUCAACCUGGGAAGGAGGGAUUCGACCGAUGCCAGCAGGGCUGGUGCAGAAUCCGACCUCCCCGGGUUCAACGACCCGCUCGACAGGCUGGUCGAGCGGUUCGACGCAAAGGGGCUGAGCGCUAGGGACAUGGUGGCUCUCUCCGGGUCCCACACCAUCGGGCAGGCAAGGUGUGCCACGUUCCGCGGCAGGAUUUACGGAAACGGUUCCGAUAUUGACGCCGACUUUGCCGCGACGAGGAGAGGGCAGUGCCCCUCGGUUGCCGGGGAUGGAAACAAUAAUCUGGCGCCGUUGGAUUUGGUGACGCCCAACUCAUUUGACAAUAAUUAUUUCAGGAAUCUGAUGGAGAGGAGAGGGCUGCUUCAGUCUGACCAGGUGUUGUUCAGCGGUGGGUCAACGGACAGUAUUGUGGAUGAGUACAGUAGGGAUGCCAGCGCUUUCAAUUCUGAUUUUGCCGCCGCCAUGGUCAGGAUGGGCGAUAUAGAGCCGUUGACGGGUUCUCGGGGAGAAGUCCGGCGGGUUUGCACCGCCGUCAACGCCGCAGCUUGA